GUGACGAACUCGGUUCGCCCACGGCGGAUUCCAGAGAACAGCGCGACAGAGCGCAGAGCCUCGGAGCUGUUAUCUCGGGUGGGGUGGCCAACAUGAAGAGAAUCGUCCCCGAGUGGAAAUCGCUCUUUCCGCAGAUAAAACAGAAGAUACAGGCGUCUCGGGCGCGCGACACCUCGGGGUGGCCGGACGAGGAGGAGGAGGAGGAGGCGGUGUUCCUGGACGCCAGCCCGGCGAUGACGUUCCGCGGCAGCUGCGCCCCGGGCUACCUGCGCUGCCUGGCCGUGCACAGCUCCAGCUACAGCCGCGUGGCCGUGGGCUUCCUGUGGGGGCACGCGCUGGAGCAGCACCGGAUGGAGGCCUGGGUGGAGACCGAGGAGAGGGAGAUGUCGCGGUUCGGCAGCUUCCCGCUGGAGGGGGGCUACCUGGUGGAGCGGCUGCUGUUCGUGCCCGGCCAGCGGCUGUUCGUGGGGUACUGCAGCGACGUGGCGCUGCGCCUGUACGGAGACCUCAAGCAGCAGGUGGGGCUCCUGCAACGGGCGGCCUGCCCUGGCUCCGUCACCAGCAUGCACUACAGCCAGGAGACGGGCGAGGUCGUCACCGGCGGCGUGGGGCUCAUCGCCUUCUGGGGCUUCUGGCCCCGCCCGCAGCAGCCGAUCGGGGUGACGCGCCUGCUGGACUGGAGCUGCUGCUCCCUGCGGCGGGACACCUUCGUCCGCGGCCUGGCCACCGAGAGGCAGUCUCUCUCGCUGUUCGCCCUCUGCGGCGCCGCCGUCCGGGCCUUCGACUGCCUCACCAAGCAGGAGACGCGGGCCUUCGCGGGCGCCAGCCGCGGCACCCUGCUGUGCUGCGCCCCCUGCGCGGCCCAGCGGCACCUGUACACCGGGGACUCGGCCGGCUGCGUGCAGGUGUGGAGCUGGGACACGCGCGGCCUGCUGCAGGAGUUCCGCGCGCACGCCCGCGCCGUGACCGGCCUGCUGCUGCCCCCCGCCGCCGGCACCUGCCUCACGGCCUCGGCGGACGGCUGGGUCAGGGAGUGGAGCCGCGCCGGCGAGCUGCUGCGCCAGCUGCUGGCCGAGCCGGCCGGCGUGGCGCAGCUGCUGCCCCUGGGCGAGGACCGCUUCGUGUGCGCCUCCCCCUGCGCCUUCUCCGUCUGGAGCCUGCCGGGCAUCUGCCGCCUCUUCAACGCCACCGGCUGCCCGCUGCGGCGGAUCUCCCGGGUGCAGUGCGGGCCGGGGCGCGCCCGGCUGCUGGCGGUCACCCAGGACGGCGGCGUCCGGCUCCUGUGCCCCGUCACCGGGCAGAUGGUCCUCCUCUCCUGGCCCUUCCUGCUGCUGGAGGAGGCCCUGGACUACGCCUACGACCCCGGUCGGGAAGAGCUGUUCGUGGCGACGGGCUCGGCCGACGUCCUGGUGCUGGACGCCGCGAGGUGCCCGUGCCCGGCCAAGCACUUCCUGUCCACGUCCGGGGAGCGCGAGGACGGGGUGCUGUGCCUGGAGGCGGUGACCUCGCCCGGCGAGCCCUGCCUGGUCCUCGGCGGGCACAGGAACGGCAGGGUCUCGCUGCUGUCGCCCCCCCGGCGCCACGCCCUGGCGCGGAAGGCCCACGACGGCGCCGUGGUGCAGAUGAGCAGCCUGCCGGGAGGGCGCCAGGCCCAGCUGUGCUGCUACGGCACGGACCACCUGCUCAGCCUGUGGCGGGUCAGCUGGGUGCGGCGCCGCGCAGACCUCCUCCCGCUGGCGCGGAUCCGCUGCUCGCGCCCGCUCCUCUACACCCGGCUGCUGCCGGGGCAGGUCUGCGCGGUGACCCGGGACCACGCCCUGCUGUUCCUCGGGCCGACGGGCCGGGCCGUGGAGCCGGAGCGGGCCGGCGCCCCCCCGAUCACCUCGCUGGACUACUGCGCGGCCCUGGGGCUGGUGGUGACGGCGGGGCCGGAGGGCACCGUCGAGCUGUGGGACUCGGCCGCCACCCUCCUGGCCGAAAUCACCCUGGGGGCGCGGCUGAGCCAGGUGUGCUUUGCCAACCCCAGGGGCGACCUGCUGGCCAACGUCAACGGCAACACCUACCUCCUCCCCAGCCUCCGCUUCCUGCCCCCCCGCUACCUGGGCGCCCUGCUGGGGCAGGAGGGGCAGGACGACGCCGUGGAAGACCCCCUGCCCUUCCGCCCCGUCCCCCUUGAGGACGCCCAGGUGACCGUCCUGCCCAGGUACCACCUCGAAUCCCUGGGGGGCGACGCGGCGCCCCGGCCCGGUGCGGAGCCGGCGCCUGUCGGCCCUGGCAUCAGCAGCAAGCCGGAAAGGCCCCGGAAGAGAUCCAGGAUCAGCCUGCAGAGGCAGAAGGAAGCGCAGGCGUCGCCGAAGACUGGCACUGCCCGGGAGCCGGACUCCAGACCAGGAGUCGUCCCAGAGCCAGCUGGGCAGGCCCCGGUCGGGGAGGAGGCUGUACUGGGGAGCAUCGUGCUGCCAACCAGCCAACCCCAGCCCCAGACUCCCUGCAUGACCCCCGUUCUCCCAGAAUGGCCCAUCGCCCCAGAUGGCUUCAUCCCCAACUCGGUGAUCCGGGGCUGGGGCCGUCGAGACGGGGACACCCCUGACCCGGACAGGGAGGAGUCCAGGUCCUUCCUCAGGCACCUGCAGGAUCUCCGGGAGACCCGCUCUGAGUCCUCGGACACCCUGCUCCUGGGUGACAGCAAGAGGAAGAGGAGAGAGCAGGCUCUGAAGGGGAGGAAGGGCGCCAGGCCAGGCCCGGGGAUCGAGGUCCAGGGACUGGAACUGGAGCUUCCAGUGGAGGAAGACCUGCUGACUCAGAUCGCCAACAGUCCCUGGCUGUCCACGAAGCCCCAGGUGAUCGAUCUGGAGAGCGUCGUCGGCGCUCUGCUGCGCUGCAUGGCUCAGUCCUGCGUCUCCGUGUACCAGAGGUGCGCCUCGGCCCUGCUGAGGCUCUGCCAGGCCUACGCCAUCCCCCCGCACCUGCGGGACCGCGUGCAGGCCAGCCUGCUGGGCCACACCCAGCCGGAGGAGCCCGACUGGCGGCGCCUGGAGGGCUGGAGGAGCCUGGACCUGCUCUCCUUGCUCUCCGCCAGCGUCCUGCCUCACCAGGCCCGGGCCCUGCUGGACCCCCAGGCGGCCGUGCGCGCGCUGGUCAGGCAGCUCCUGAGCAAGGCGGCCAUGAUCUCAGAGAAGACCGUGCUGCUGAGGAGGCUGGAGACCAUGCGGACUGCGCUACCCCCGUUCCCCUCCCAGCUGCUGCAGCAGGUCCAGGACAACCUGACGGAGCAGCUGGAGCUGGCAGUGCCCCAGGACGCUGGCCUCGCGCCCUCGGAGCGGGCAGCCUCACCCACAGAUGCCCCGGAUCGGACCUCCAGCCGAAUCCUCUCAGGUACCCCGGUCCCCCCCUCACUCCGCCAGCGCCCCGACAUGCCUGAAAUGAUGGACAUCCCCGGAGACACGACGAGCGUCCCCAGAGAGGAGCAAGGACGAGCAGACUCGGGCGCAGGCUGGAAGGCUGCCCCACAGCCAGUCCGGACGGCACCCAGGGGCCGGGCAGUGACUAAAGAUGACACCUCGACUCGGGUUAAGAGUCCUGCCCGCACCCAGAGGCGCGGGCGCAGGAGGGAGGAGGGCGUCCGGGAGGCUCGUGCUGGGCCGGCCCCCCUGCCCUGCCAGGGCGGCCUGGGCGACGACCCCACGGCGCUGCGCGUCUACGUCACCAGGGUGCGGUCCCGGCGGCGGCGGGCCCUGCCGUCCCCGCGGGAGGAGGGCGAGGAAGAGGAGGGCGGGAGGGUGAAGGCUGCCCCGCCGCCCACCCCGUGCGAUGCAGCCUGGCCCCAGGGCAGCCGGGCCGGACCCUCGUGUCUCAGGUGGGGGGGUCAGGAGGGGGACCCCGAGACCUGGAGGGACAGCUUGUACAAACUCAUCUCCCGCUACGGCUUCCGCUCCCCGAAAGUGCAGAAAGGGGCAGGCUGGUCUUUGGACUCGGUGCCCACAGUCUCCCGCGCCCCCCCAAGGCCGCCCCCUCUCCGGCCGCCGGCUCGGGACCCCACGCCGGGGCAGAGGGUGCUGUGGAAGGUGGGCCUGCGAGACCCCCGGGAGAGACCCCCGGCCCGCUUCCAGCACGAGCUGCCCCUGCCCUGGCGCCUCAGCGCCCUCACCCUGGACCCCGAGGGGGAGAGCGACUACGGCCGCCUGGAGCUGGACUGGGCGACCGGGCAGGGCGGGGCGCUGCAGGACCUGCCCCCGCUGCGGCUGCCCCCCCUCACGCCCGCGCCGCGCCGCGCGGUAGGGACCCCCCAGAGUGCUUUAUGUACGCCAGAGCAGAGGAGAUGAGCCUUACUUACCUGAGCAGAAUAAAGAAAAAGGUCGAGACGCA